ACAGAGACGGGACUGGCUCCUAAGGAGAUGGGAAAGCCCCUGGCAGAGACAGGGCGUUGAGGUGGGAGGAGAGGUCCCAGGCAGCCCUGGUCAGGACCACACUCAUCAGCAUGAAGAUGGGGCCCGGGGGGCCGAGAUCAUGGCUCUUGGUCACUGACCACAGGGGAAGCUCUUUGGCAAUAUCAGAAAAGAAGAAGCCAGAUUAUAAACGGAAGUGCUGCCCAUCCUGGGCAGGCAUGUUUGGGGAGGGCUCCCACCCUCCAGUCCUCGGAAGGAGCCUGGUCCUGCCUCUCCGGUGGUCAGAUUAGCCUGAGGCAGCCCCUCCACAGAGCCUCCCCUCUGGCCUAGAGGCUCUGCUUGUUCUCUCAUCCUCCGAGGAGAGCGAGGAGAGCGAGGCGAUGGGCCUGCCCCUGCUGCUGCCCCUGCUGCUGCCCCUGCUGCCGCCAGCAGCUCUGCAGGCUGGUGGCUCAGCAAAAUGCACUUCAAACCUUGAUUUUGACGUCAAACAACCAGAGCACCUCUCAGCCCCUGAGGGUGGCUCCAUCGACAUCCCCUUCUCCUUCUGUUACCCCUGGGAGUUAGCCCGUGACCCCAACGUGCGUAUAUCCUGGAGAUGGAGAAAUUUCCAUGGAGAGUUCAUAUACAACACAACCCCGCCGUUCACCCAUAAGGCUUUUAAAAACCGCCUCUCCCUGAACUGGGCAAAGGGCCAGAGGAACGGCUCCCUCCGGAUCUCCAACCUGCGGAGAGAGGAUGGACGUAGCUACUUCUGCCGAGUCCAGUUGACCACACGGAACAAAGGCGAGAAAGGGUGGCAGUCCAUCCCCGGGACCAAACUCACCAUCACCAGAGCCACCGAGAAAACCACCAAGGACCCCACCAGCACCACCACCACCACCACCACCACAGAUGGCCUCAGUGUCUCGGGGGACAAAUGGACAUCAGGGUCUAGGCCCCUGACUCUAGGAGCGAUAGUUGGGGUGGCACUGGCGGGUGCCGUGCUCAUAAUCGCAAUUUUGGGAUUGGCAGUCUACCUCAGGUGUAGGAGAAGCAAAGGUCUGCAGACUAAACGUGGGAAGGAUGAUGUUCAAGGUGGAAAGAAAGCAAGAGCCCCAGACAGGGGAUCCUUCCAUAACACUGAGGAGAAGCACGAGAACACUGGGCAUAAAGGACUACAAAGAGACGCCAAGCCGGACCCAAAAGUUGACGGCAUCCUCUAUGCCUCCCUUACCCUCUCCAACUCAACCUCACCCUCACUGACAGCACCUCCUAGCCACCUUCUCUAUGAGAGCCCCCAGGAAGAGACCCUAUACUCUAUGUUAAAGACCUAAGGAGUGUGACUGAAUGAUGACCUCCUUACAGUAAGCUGCACAGAAGGAUCACCACUUCC